AUGGCUGUAAAAAUCAAGAGAAUGGGUUAUUACUGGCCGACAAUGGUCAGAGAUUGUAUUGACCACACAAAGAGGUACUAUGAGUGUCAAAUCCACGGUGAUGUUAUACAUCAGCCUCCAAAUCCGCUGCACCCGACAAUAGCAUCUUGGCCAUUCGAAUGUUGGGUCACUGACAUAAUUGGGCCAAUAGAUCCGCCAUCAUCAGCGGGACAUCGAUUUAUUCUGGCAGCAACAGACUACUUUUCAAAGUGGGCAGAAGCAGCUCCAUUCAGAGAGGUCACAUCCGAGCAUGUGAUCAACUUUUUCACCCACAACGUUGUUUACAGAUUUGGUGUACCACGCCGUAUAAUUUCAGACAACGGUACUGCAUUCAAGAGUAUAAAAAUCUAUAAGUUCGUUGAUCGACACAAGAUCGAUUGGCGAUAUUCAUCUAUAUACAAUCCAAGAGCAAACGACUUGGCGGAGGUCUUCAACAAGACGUUG